CCAAGGACCGCAUGUGGGUUGGUACAGGCAACGGUGUUAUACUGUCUAUACCACUGGUGGUUGCUCAACCAGAAUCUUCAAAAUCUCCAGUUACUUCCCCAGUAGAUAGUGGUGGGCCAGGAGGAGUAGUUCGAGUUUACACGGACACUGAAGGAAAGGGAGAAAAGACAGGAAGUUCUCGUUUUAUGCCUUAUUGUUCCAUGGUUAACGCGCAUAUUUCGUUUCACGGACAUCGUGACUCCGUCAAGUUUUUUGUCACCGUCUCUCGGUGCACGGACAAGGCAACUUCAUUAAUAUCACCUAAGCUGUCGUCGUCGUCAGUGAAAGCUGAGGCCACAUCUGCCGUUCUCGACGAAGAGAAAAGUUGGCUUGUAAUCAGUGGGGGAGAGGGUUAUGUUGACUUUAGAACUGGCGACAAUAUAGAGAGUGGUGAAAACAUUGGUGGUCCCGAAAAUAUUUCUCCUAAUUCAAAAAUAUCUUCAGCUAAAAAUAGUCACCUUGUGGUCUGGCAGGUUACUAGAAAUUAGUAAACUAAACUGACCAUCGCUUCUUUUGUUGCUUCGCUCUGUCGGAUUCAAGUUCGCCAUAACAUUUAUGAUCGUAAAUCGCGCGA